UAGAACGACCAUGGCGGAAGCUCUCUACUGUCAAGAACUGGAAAAUACGGUGGGCUUUAGAUUCCGUCCGACCGAUGAGGAGUUCGUCGACGAUUACCUCCGGCCAAAGAAUCUCAAACUCGACACGAGCCAUGUCGAUCGCGUCAUUAGCACUCUCACUAUCUCUAGCUUCGAUCCUUGGGAGCUACCUUCCCAGUCGAGGAUUAAACUGAAAGACAAGGCUUGGUGUUUCUUCAACCGCAAGGAGAACAAAUACGACAAAGGUGAGAGACAGAUCAGGAAAACAAAAUCUGGGUUUUGGAAGAUUACCGGGAAACCAAAGGCUAUCAUGAGAAAUCGUGUGAAGAUCGGUGAGAAAAGGGUUGUGAUGUUUUACUUGAGGAAGGAACUCGGUGGUUCCAAAUCCGAUUGGGUUAUGCACGAGUACCACCUUUUCUCCCCUGUUCAGAUGAUGAUGACAUACACUAUCUGUAAAGUGAUGUUUAAGGGUGACGAGAAAGAUAUUUCUUCUUCCCCUGCUGGUAGUGGAAUUGAGCAGAGUCACUCUUCAAUCCCUCCUCAUCUUGUCAACAGUUCUGGAGGUUCUGAGGGAUCGUCGACGUUUCGGAGCCAAGAAUUACAGAACUCAAGUCAGUCUGGUCUGCAGGAAGAAGCUCAACUCGAUGAUGCAGCAACCAUACCUGGUGGUGAUGAGGAGGAAUGGAAAACUUGGUUGAAUGAUAAUAAUGAUGUUGAGGAGAGGAAUAUCAUGUCUUUGCAGGAAAAUUACAGCGAUUAUAUACCUCCAAAGUCAUUGACUGGUGUCUUCACUGACAAUAGCAGUGAUGAUAGUGAUCCUGAUUUGCUAUCUGCAACUACAAACUCUAUUCAAACUUCGAGCACUUGUGAUAGUUUUGGUAGUUCAAAACAUCGCAUAGACCAAAACAAAGUCUUGCAAGAACCUCCUAAUUCGACAGUCAAGUUAGUGUCACUAGCUCAAGAGGUGAGCCAAGCUCUGAGAACCAGUAUUGAUACAACCGAGAUGCAGAAGAUGGAUCCUUGUGAUGUUGGACGAGGGACUGAGAUUGGAGAGAAGGGUCAAGAGAUAAUGAUCAAGAACAAAAGAGCUGGUUCCUUUAUCAGGAUGAUACAAAAAUUCGUCAAGAAAUUUAGCCAAUGUUCUCCUAUCUCAAGAACAUGAUAUCAAUAAUUCAAAUGAGAUAAAAAAAAACACCUUUUCUACAUAUAUGUUAUGUCUAUUUUGUUUUGUAACUUUUUCCAUACUGUAUGUGUGUGUCCUAAUAUAUAAAAAUGGUGAAUAUGUGAUAAGAAGUGGUUACAGAAGACAAAGAUGUACCAAUCAACUUUACAAUGUCUAUCUUGUUCGGUAA